UUAAUUCAGUUACACAAAGUAAUAUAUACGGCUGCUUUCCGGUGUUGCAUCUAAGGGCUAGUACUAUGUACAGAGAGAUCAUAGCCAAAGAGGAUGUAUUCUGGGUUCGAUCGAUUGUUUUCUCUCGCUUUAAGUCGCCGUCCAAUCACAAGUCACCGUACGCUCGAAUCAAUUCAACUUGAAUUUUAAACGAGUGCGAGCGAGUUGCACUGCCAGCUAUACACCGACCAGGCUCGUAAAAUCAUGGCGGGCGGGGAGGUUUAUUUCGAAAAACUGCGUCCUCCCGAAGUUGACGAGUGUUUGAUACGAGGAGCGACGAUGAUCAAAUGGGAUGAUGAUUCAACUUUGGGUCAAAAAUGCGUUGUAAAGGUGGACCCUGCUGGACAUAUUAUAUACUGGAAAGCGGAGGAUAAGCUUGACACGGAUUUACUUGAGCUCACUUACGUCCGCGAUGUGAGAACGGCAAAAUGGGCAAGGAUUCCAAAGGAUCAGCGUUUGCGAGAUUCCCUGAAUAUAGGUUCUGACGAAGAUCCGCUUACUGAGAAAGCUAUCACCAUAGUGCACGGGGCCAAUAUGGUGGACUUGAUGUACGUCACGUUCGUCAGCUCCUCCAGUACCAUGGCGCGUCAGUGGACCGACUCCCUCGUGAAAAUCACACAUAACCUACUAGAGAUAAACGAGUGUCCUACAACCUUCCUCAAGAAACAGUACACUAAAAUCUGUGUCCAGACAACUCAGGACGGAAAGGUUUCCGUGAAAAAUGUCAUCAAAUAUAUUUCAAGUUCAAGCAAAGAAGACAGGAAGCGAAUACAAGACGCUCUUCAAUCCGUAGGCUUGCCGCACGGCAAGAAUGAUGCCAUCAGCUUAGAGAAAUUUUCGUUUGAUAUAUUUUGGGAAUUCUACAAUCGACUUUGUAACAGACAAGACAUUGACAAGAUAUUUACUGAAAUUGGUACCAAGAAGAAGCCGUAUAUGGUCACAGAGCAACUUGUUGAUUUUAUCAACAACAACCAGAGAGACCCAAGAUUAAAUGAAAUUCUGUACCCAUAUUGCAACGAAGAAAAGGCAAGGGAGAUCAUCAGAAAGUACGAGCCCAAUCAAGACUUUGUCAAGAAAGGUCACUUCUCUGUGCAGGGGCUGACCAGGUACCUGAUGAGCGAGGAUAAUGCACCCAUCCACCCCGACAGGUUAUCCUUACAUCAGGACAUGACCCAGCCGAUCUCGCAUUACUUUAUCAACUCCUCCCACAACACAUACCUCACAGGUCAUCAGCUGACGGGUAAAUCGUCAGUAGAAAUGUACAGACAGACCCUCCUGGCCGGAUGCCGGUGUAUCGAGCUUGAUUGCUGGGACGGAAAGACGGAAGAUCAAGAACCAGUUAUCACGCACGGCAUGACACUUUGUACUGAGAUCUCUUUCAAGGAUGUCAUCGAGGCCAUUGCAGAAUGCGCUUUCAAAACUUCGGACUAUCCAGUCAUAUUGUCCUUCGAAAACCAUUGCACGCCCAAGCAGCAGCUCAAAAUGGCUUCCUAUUGCGUCAAUAUUUUUGGGGACAUGUUAUUGAGUAAACCAUUAGAUGAUUACCCGCUGGAGGAGGGAAGGCCGCUGCCACCACUUAAAGUCUUGAUGCGGAAAAUCGUUAUUAAGAAUAAAAAGCGUUCGACCAAACGAGAGGAGGCAAUCGAUAGCGAACCUAACGCUACAUCCGACCAGGCAUUCUCAAAUAACUCGGCACCUCCAACCCCAGCGACGGAAGAUAAACCCCCCGAGAUCAAUGGAGAGGUGGACCCAGACGCCUCGCAAAGAGACUCCACAGUGGAAGAGGAGGCUGCACCCGACAUGGCUCUUUCCGAACUCGUCAACUAUUUCCAGCCGGUGCAUUUCAAGAGCUUUGAUGUCUCAGCAAAACGCAACAGAUCGUACGAAAUGUCUUCAUUUGUUGAAACGGUAGCGACGACACAAUUGAAGGAGAAACCUGUUGAAUUUGUAAAUUAUAACAAACGUCAACUUAGUAGGAUUUACCCCAAAGGAACCCGAGUGGGCUCUGAGAAUUAUAUGCCUCAGAUCUUUUGGAAUGCUGGGUGUCAAUUAGUAGCUUUGAAUUUUCAAACUUUGGAUUUAGCCAUGAUGUUGAAUUUAGGAAUUUUCGAAUAUAACGGUAGAUGUGGGUACAUUUUGAAGCCUAGUUUUAUGCGGCGUUCCGAUCGGACAUUCGAUCCAUUCGCCGAGUCUACUGUUGACGGGAUCAUCGCCGGCGCAGUCCAUGUCAAGGUGAUCAGUGGGCAAUUGCUGACAGAAAAGAAGGUGGGAACAUACGUGGAAGUUGAGAUGUAUGGUUUGCCAGCGGACACAGUCAGGAAGAAAUACCGCACUAAGGUGGUCCCUAACAACGGCAUAAACCCUGUCUAUGACGACGAUCCCUUCGAGUUUAAAAAGGUGGUUCUCCCAAGCUUAGCGGUGUUAAGGAUUGCUGUGUAUGAAGAAAGCGGCAAGCUGAUUGGUCAGCGGAUCCUCCCCGUGGACGGCCUCAAUCCGGGAUACCGCCAUAUCAAGUUGCGCAACGACUGCAACCUUCCCCUCACCCUUCCCGUGCUCUUUGUCCAUAUUAUCACCAAGGAUUACGUGCCUUCGGGUUUUGAAGAUUUCGCGAAUGCGCUGUGUGACCCGAUCGCCUUCCAGUCACAGGAAGACAAGCGACAGCAGCAGCUAGCCGCUCUACUGGACGAGGAAGAUGAGCCAGAGAACGAGGAGUCCGAAGUAUUUGAAGACGGUUUCGUCGGAGAAAUUGCUAAAAGCCCAAGCGCAAGCAAGCUCCAGUCGAUACCUCAGGAGAAAGAGAACAAAAAGAGACAGCAAUCAAUAUCACAAGAAAAAGAGGGCAAGAAAAGGCAGUCGAUAAAGAAGUCCUCCGAGCCACGAGAGUCCCUGACGCCUGAGUCGCUAUCAGCCAAUAUUCUCAGUCAACGUCGUGGCUCGUCCUUCUCGCAAUUUGUCCAAGACCAGAUGAACUCUGGCAAGCCGCCACUCCAGCACCAGAUGAGCAGUCCGUACCCGAUCACAGGGCGUACCCCGUCCCUCCCGGCCCCGCCCCCGCCUGAGGCCACCGCCCUAUGUAAGCGCACUUACAGCGCCAAGAAACGUGAAGGCAAGACUCGGUCUAUGAUUGUGACCAGCGAGCAAGCCCAGACAUGGUCACGAACCAACAAUUCAUUUAUGGGAUCAAUACGUCGGACCCAUGCUGAGGAUGAAUCGCAAUGGCGACACUACUAUGCAAAAAUCGAAGCUAUGGACUUGGACCAGCUUAGGGAACAGAAGACUUAUAUCAAAGUCACUCAAAAACAUCAAAAGGAGAAUGACCUUCUGGUUAAAAAACAUGAAAAGGAGAAGGAUAAACUGCAAAAGAGUCACUUUCUCGAACAGGACAAGUUAUUUAAAGAAUUGGACAGAGUAAAGACUGCCCUUCGCAAACGAGUUGAUAAGGACCUCAAGAAAUCCGAGAAAAUAGGAAGUUAUGAAGAGGCGUACAAGAAAGGAAUGGAUGAGAUCAAUGUUUUAAACCAAGAACACAACAAAAUGGUUGAUGAUCUGAAGCGAGAUCACAGAGAACAGAUUAUCACUUUGCUACGACGUCAACUGGCUGAGCAGUUCAGCUUGGCGAAACAGCAGCUGGAACCGCAAUACGAAGAGUUGGACCGCGUGAUGAUCCUGGCGCAUGAAGAUCAGAUCAAACAGAUGGACGAGCUACACACUAAACAAAUGAACGAUCUGAGGAAAGACCAAGAGAAGUUGAACCGUGAGGAAAUCAAAGCGUUGUCGCGGUGGCAUAAAGACAAGAACGAACUUCAGAGGAGGAAACGAGAACAGAACAAAAAACAUAUCGAACAAGCUGUCAAAGAGCGGCAAAAGAUGAAAGAUUUUCAGGAUAAGGAGAAAGUUCAGUUGCAGGAGGACCAAGAGAAAAUUGCCGAGAUUUUGAUAGAGGACAAAGAAAGGGCGCAGAAGGAACUCCAGGCGUUGUUCGAUGCCAAACAGGGAGCCAUCAGUACGACGGACCUGGAGACAGCGCACGCUAACCUAUUCUAUGGUGAUAAAAUCACUAGGCUAUGAAGUGCUUUAAAUGGCGCUGAACAAAUACACAAGAAUAUAGAUAGCGCCCCAAAUGGCGCUCAAGAUCCUAUUUAAUAGGUGUAGUUAGGAAUUUAUUUAUUGCAUCAUUAAUAUUGCCCAUUUUUAUUGAAUGCAUUCCCAUUUGGGUGUUACCUAGCUGGCUCAGCAAGCCAUUCCAAACAAAGCGAAGUGCUAAGGGUACAGAGAUAUUUGUAUAUUUACCAAAAUACCAAACGAAAUUAUUAUUAUUCGAAUCGAAGGCCUCGAAUCGCUGUGAUCGAAUAUAGUAAUAAUAUAGAUAUCAUAAAUAGGAUUUUAUUGAUUUUUAUCUUGUAUUGCUAUAAAAAGUGCCGCCACUACAUUUGUUAAAAUAAGGAAUUAUUUACACUAUGAAUGGAAACACCAUGUGAAAUAGGCGCUAUAUAUUUAUUCGUGUUAUAUUUAACCCUUGCCGUUAACUCUUUAUAUAGGCUGCUUUUAUUUACAACUUUUUGUGUUCUGUAUAUAUUAUAUUUUGCGUGGUGUGUGUAUGUUGCCACAGUGCCGUAGCAGACCUCGAAAUAUUGGAGGGGCACAAUACAGAAACACUAAGAAAAUAUUUUGGGGCACGGCCACGCCCCUACUUGUCAUUUCCCUAUAAUUCCUAAAAAUAUUGAGGGGUGCCCCGCUCUCUGCUACGGCCCUGAGCCAAUUUGUUCUUGAUGGUUAUACACUCGUAUUUUUAGGGUUUGGGUAAUUAUCACAGCCUUGUGUUGUUAGUAGUGCAUUGCACAGAAUGGGUGUCAGAUGAUACCAGUCAAAACCAUGCCCAGAGACCCGGCAUAUGUUAAAAGCGCUAGACCCGGCGUACAUUGUGUUCGCCUGGGUAACCAUCGUCCUUCGCGAUCGCCCGGGUACCCAUCGUCCUUCGUGAUGGCUGGGAGACCCAGCGUGCUUUGCGGUCGCAAGAAUACCCCGGCAUUCGUGGUUUGCCGCCGGUUGAAUGAUCAUGUGUCAAGACUAUGCAACCUUGCAACGGCUCGCAUUAUUUGCUAUAAUCUAAAUUCUAAGUAAAAUAGAAUGCUUUUAUGUAUUUUAAAAGGCAGCUCACUGCAGUUGGAUAUGAGUUAAACCUAUUUCUUUCUGUUGGUUGAUUAUACUGUUUUAUCAGAGUCGUUAUGUAGAUAUCCGUGUUUGAGUAUUAUUUAUAAAACACAAUCUGGGAAUUGUUGUAGGGCUAGAGAGGAAUGAAUAAACAGUUGCACUAAA